AACUAAAGCAACACAAAGACUCAAAGAGAGGUGUAGAGAGAGAGAGAGAGAGAGGGAGAUGAGAUGAGAGCAUACCAGGAAAGAAGCUAGUAGAGAGAUCAAGUGCUGUGUGUGGUGUGGUCGUCGUCGUCGUCGUCGUAGCAGCAGCAGCAGUACAGCUUGUACCAACGCACCGUCCUCUCCUCGAUCCUCGUUCUGCGUGCCGGGGCGAACCCUAUUCCUUUGUUCUUGAAUCUCUUCCAAAUCUGUAGCAGAUAGAGAGAGAAGGGGGGAGAUCUAGAGAGAGAGAGAUUUAAGAGGAGGAGGAAAGGAGAGCUAGGAGAAUAGAAUGUUCCCUGCAGCUUCGUCCUCCUCCUCCUCCAAGAAGCAGCAACAAGUCAGCGGCGGCGGCGGCGGCGCGGCCGUGGCAGCCAGCUCGAACGACCGGCCUCUGUGCGUGCAGGGCGACUCCGGCCUCGUCCUCACCACCGACCCCAAGCCCCGCCUCCGCUGGACCGUCGAGCUCCAUGACCGCUUCGUGGACGCCGUCACCCAGCUCGGCGGCCCGGACAAGGCAACUCCAAAGACGAUCAUGAGGGUCAUGGGAGUCAAGGGCCUUACACUCUACCAUCUCAAGAGCCAUCUUCAGAAAUUCAGACUUGGGAAGCAGCACAAGGAUUUCAACGACCACUCGGUUAAGGAUGCAAUGGACAUGCAACGGAACGCAGCGUCAUCGUCUUCUGGCAUAAUGGGAAGAAGCAUGAACAAUGACCGCAGCGUGCAUGUGAAUGAGGCACUAAGGAUGAAGAUGGAAGUUCAGAGAAGAUUCCAUGAACAAGUAGAGGUCCAAAAGCACCUUCAGAUGAGGGUUGAGGCCCAGGGAAAAUACAUGCAGUCCAUCAUGGAGAAAGCAUACCAAGCCCUGGCGUCAGGCGAUUGCGCCACGUGGCACGCAGGAUACAAAUCUCUAGACAACCAAGCUAUUCUUGACAUCGGCAGCUCUAUGAACUUUCCAUCUCUGCAGGAUCUGCAGCUGUAUGGAGGGAGCCAUCUCGACCUGCAGCAGCAGAUGAUGGAGAUCAGGCAAAUGGAUAGCUUCUUGGCGUUCAACGAGAUCGGUUGCAUUGGGCCAGUGGAUCACAGUAAGAGCCCUAGCCAUUACAGCUCCGCCGCCGGCAAGAGCCCCAUGAUGUGGCCCGUCGCCGCCGAUGAGCAGGCGAAGAUCUCCGGCGAUGAUGAUCAGCUCCAGAUGGCGGCGGCGUCGACGAUGAUGGAGGCGUCCGGCGGCAACAGCGUCAUGGACGCCAUCACCAUGUCAGGAGGAGACUCCAUGGGCAGCAGAGGCUUCGAGGGUCAGAGCUCGAAGCUUGAUCACAUGAGAUCAUCACCUCCACAGCAAUUGCAAACACCUGUAGGAACAUCUCGUAUGGGUAACUAAUAAUUGAUGGUCAAGAUGUGAUUAAUUAAUUAAUUAGCUGCAUGUUUUGUGGUGAGCCAGCAGGCUGAACUCUUGCAUGAUCACUGAAUAAGCAUGUAACUGUGUUGUUGUUAUUAGUUGGGGGUAUAUAGUAUUGUGCAUUAUGCACAGUUCAAUUAGGAUGCAUCCACGCAUGCAAUUAAGUUCUUGAGAUGUGCUAUAACACAUUAAUUGUUGUCAGUUUCGAUCUUUUGUGGGUGGUCUAGAUAAUUAGCUAGAUGUGAUUACAUUCUUAAUUUUGGUUUAAAUUAAAGUUUGUACAUUUUAGAUAAUUUGCAUGAUUUGAUUGUAUCAUAUGUGAACA